ACAUAUUCUUAUAGCAACAUGUGCGCAAAUAUAGAAGGCAACAUACUUCUAUGAAAUGGCAACUGCUGAGAGCAAAUCGUUCGAGAAGGAUCUACGAAAUGGCAGUGAAUUCGUGGUGCUCACUGAACUGGUGCGCCAACACUACUUGCGCUAUUUGAAGCGUCAGUUGGAGGAGAAUGUGAGUGCCUGGGCCGAACAGUCGCGCAAUCAUCACAAACCCACUGCCUGGGCAAGCAUUGCCGCCAGUCUUGAGAAAAUGGAGGCGCGCGCUGUUAAAGCCUGUAUGGCUGCUCAGGUUUAUCAAAGAGUGAUGAUCAAAACGAUAGCCGCCGUACGUCGCAAUACGCAGGAGUGUAGGUUGGCAGACGCGUUAUUUGAUAACAUGCAACAACAGCAAUUGUCCACGCAAGUCCACACAAUUGUCAAUUCAGCACAAAUAUUAUCCCCCCAAAGUUUUGUCGAUAAGUACACACAAACGGAAGACAACGAAACCGAGACAGAAACGCAGCAAUCAUUCGUUAAUACGGAGUUGUCGUUAAUGCAAAAAAUCGAUUUGUUUCAAAAACGGCUCCAACUUGACGAACAUCAACCAAAAGGCAGGAGCAACAAUCUGAAGACAAUAUCACCCACUGCCACCCCCUUGUCGGUGAGACGUGAUGAGGAUGCAGUUGCUCGAGAGCUGGCGGAGCUCUUUUGUGACGAGCCGAGUGAUUUAAAUGAAAUAUUUGGCAUUGAGCCAACGGCGGCCACCGACGAUCCGCAGGUUUGUGCCAUACUGCGUGAAAUCGAAGAGUCCGAACUGCCCAGCGCCACAACCACAGCCAUGGCUGAGGAACUAUCUGACCCAGAAAUUUCGCCAACUGCCGUCAUCAUACCUGCUAAUGCUAAUAAGACUGAAACUGAUUUGCGACACAGCCGUUGGCCUUGCGAACUCUACGCCCAGCGUCGAAAACUAAACACAUGUUUGGUCCGCUUAUUGGACGCAGAUUGGAGACGCGAGGAUGUGCUGCGCUAUAAAUUUCAUCAGCUCUUUGGCGAGGACAGCGAUGACGAUUUUAGCACGGAAGUUUCAAGUCCUUCCAUCGAUCUCGUAGACAAAGUACUGCUUGCCAGCUGCAUAUUUCGCAUACGUCCCUGGGUAGUUCGACAUCUGAUGCGUCCAAUGGAGGAAGGCCUCAUAGGGAAUCGUUAUCUCUUUAAGAAAUUGGCCAAAACGCUGGCAGAGCACAUCGUCUUAGCCAACCCUUAUGCCUCAGAGUGGCAGAUCAAGCAGGCCAUAGAGUAUUUGUUUUGCAUAAAGUCCGGGGGCGUGCAGAGCGCCCAAGACUUGGAGGAGUUGCCCCAAAUAUCGGUGGAAAGAUUGGAAUGAUUGAAAUGUUUUUCUGGUCAAUUUUUAAGCUAAAUAGUGCUAAGAAUUUGGAAACAAUAGGCUAAAUGAAAAUCUCAAUCGCCCAGUUAUAUAGGCAACAAAAAAUGCAAGCAGGUAUUAUUUUUC